UACAAAGAUCAGUGUUGAAAGAGGACAUUGAAUUCCUUCUCCGCUCCUGGGACACAGUUUCUGUGGGCUGUCACCAGCUAAACUGACCCUGGAGGAGUGGCUCUUUAAGAAGCAGACUCCAAGGUGAGGCCAAAGACCAUGAUGUCUGGUGGAGACCAGGAGCCAGGCCACUACUACGUGGGCAUUGAUGUUGGAACAGGUAGCGUCCGUGCAGCUCUGGUGGACCAGCAAGGGAUCCUGCUGGCUUUCGCCGAAGAGCCGAUUAAGAAGUGGGAGCCCCAGGUCAACCACCAUGAGCAAUCCUCUGAGGACAUCUGGGCAGCGUGUUGCCUUGUCACCAAGAAAAUUGUGCAAGGGGUUGAUGUACACCGAAUCCGAGGACUUGGGUUUGAUGCCACGUGUUCUUUGGUUGUCUUGGAUAAACAGUUUCAUCCUUUACCAGUAAACCUUGAAGGGGAUUCCAAGCGAAAUGUUAUUAUGUGGCUGGACCAUCGAGCAGUCAGCCAGGUUCAGAGGAUCAAUAAGACCAAGCAUGGUGUCCUUCGGUACGUGGGUGGUAUAAUGUCUGUGGAGAUGCAGGCCCCAAAGCUCCUCUGGCUGAAGGAGAACUUGAGAGAGGCGUGCUGGGACAAGGCGGGACAUUUCUUUGAUCUCCCAGACUUCUUAUCAUGGAAGGCAACAGGUGUCACAGCACGGUCUCUCUGCUCCUUGGUCUGCAAAUGGACGUACUCAGCAGAGAAAGGUUGGGAUGACAGCUUCUGGAAGCUGGUUGGCUUGGAAGAUCUCAUUGAUGAUAAUUACAGCAAAAUAGGAAAUCUUGUGCUGCCCCCUGGAACUUGUCUUGGAAGUGGGCUCACGCCAGAGGCAGCCGAAGAGCUGGGUCUUCCCUCGGGGAUUGCUGUGGCGGCCUCACUCAUUGACGCCCACGCAGGAGGACUAGGAGUGAUUGGGGCAGAUGUGAGAGGUCAUGGCCUCAUCUGUGAAGGACAGGCAGUGACGUCACGGCUGGCUGUCAUCUGCGGAACAUCAUCUUGUCACAUGGGGAUCAGCAAAGAUCCGAUUUUUGUACCGGGUGUGUGGGGACCGUAUUUCUCAGCCAUGGUCCCUGGCUUCUGGCUGAAUGAAGGUGGUCAGAGUGUGACGGGAAAACUGAUAGACCAUAUGGUGCAGGGCCAUGCUGCCUUUCCUGAACUACAAGCCAAGGCCACGGCCAGAUGCCAGAGUAUAUAUGCAUAUUUGAACAGUCACCUGGAUCUGAUUAAGAAGGCUCAGCCUGUGGGUUUCCUCACUGUUGAUUUACAUGUUUGGCCAGAUUUCCAUGGCAACCGAUCUCCCUUAGCCGAUCUGACUCUAAAGGGCAUGGUCACUGGGUUGACUCUGUCUCAGGACCUUGAUGAUCUCGCCAUCCGCUACCUGGCCACUGUUCAAUCCAUUGCUUUUGGGACACGUUUCAUCAUUGAGGCCAUGCAGGCAGCGGGACACUCUCUCAGUACCCUCUUCUUAUGUGGAGGUCUAAGCAAGAAUCCCCUUUUUGUGCAGAUGCAUGCUGACAUUACUGGCAUGCCUGUGGUCCUGUCACAAGAGGUGGAGUCUGUCCUCGUGGGUGCUGCUAUUCUGGGUGCCUGUGCCUCUGGGGACUUCACAUCCGUGCAGAGAACCUGAGUUCGAUUUCCAGCACAUUUGAUGGCUUCUGAGCAUCUGUGACUCCAGUACUAGGGAGCCCCCUGCUCCCUUCGCUUCUGUGAUCACCUGCACACAUACAGGUGGUGCAUGUGCGUUCAUCUAGGCACCCACACAUACACAUAAAACAAAAAGUAAUUAAUUAAUCAAUAAAAAGUAGUGUGCGAGACUAAUUGCCUUUGGUAUGAUUGACUAUAGAGAUAAAAAGCCUAGAAGUCUUUAAAGUCUUUAUAGGAAGAAAGCCCUGGGGUGAUAAUAUCUGGAGCCGCUUUGGAAAUAUAAAUAUAAAUACUUGGCAUUGUUCAUUUCUUCAAAGACGAAACAAAUGGCCUGGGGACCAGCUUGGACUCUGCAAGGUGAACUGAAACAGACCUCCUUUCUGUCUGUGGUUCAUACUUUUCAGCCUAAAUUUCAACACAAUCUUAUCUUAGAACUUUUAAGAUCCUAGCUUGGUCCUCACAAGAAAGCUCAGCGCUUCCUGCCAGCUACUCGGUUCCUGCAGCCGUCAUGGUGGGUCUCGUCUAGAUAGCCUGAGUCUGGUAGACACGGCGGAGUCAUCUCCUUCGGGUAAAGAGAAGGCUAGAAAGAAGAGGUUGCAGGAGACGUGGAUUGGCAAGUUAGAAAAGGGCUGAUACCUGCCUUGAGAGAAGGUGUCCCACAAGGGCAUCGUCAAUGGGUAGAACUUGUACCUUCCUUUUCCUAUACCGGUGGAUGAAAGUGGAGCCGUAGCAAUGAUUUUACUCAAAGCUUUGGCAAGCGCCUUCGUGCCAUAAGCCUGAGAGGAUUUUGUCAGCUGGAAGAAAGGGACAGUGGGUGGGCUUUUCUGGAAAGGAGUUAGAGAGGCUGUGUCCAUGUUCCAUUGCUGCUGCAAAUCGUGACACACGCUGACGGUUCUUCCUCACACCCCUGCUCUUCUUUCACUCUUAGUCUCAGCCGCCUUCUCUGACCCUUCCCUACCCUUCUCCGAGUCUUCUUGCUAGUCCCUUUUUAAAAGAGGAACCCCCAAAUAGAGGGGGAGCAGUGUUCUGAUGAGCUGUCCUUCAAGAAGCCUUUUAGACCAACCCCACUAAAGAGUGUAUCUUCCUUCACUGCGGCAAUGCUGUGUGUCUGCAGUUUAAUCCCGCGCAGGCAGGACACCGGUAUGCUGCUCUUGGUGUCAAAGUCCAGACAUUGAGCUGUGUCAGGGGACAGGCAGAAGGGAGGCUUCAUCCAUCCUCUUAUUUCUAUGUGUGAAAUCCUCAUGGUCUUGGCCUAUGACAUUGCCAGCUACUUCCACGGCACUACAAAAAUAAUCCCCUCUCUUUCCAAGAAACACAAAACACAUCAUUUGGCGUUGAGAGCAAAGUAUAAUACUAUGAAAAUUAAAAAAAAAAAACAUAAGUCGACGAACUUGCCAGUCCGAUUAUAUUUUUCUUGG